AUGGUCGCCUUCGAUAAGUGUGAGACCCGGCCGGCCCAUAUUGAGGCCAUCCUCAAUGGCCUCGACCGGUACAACCCCGAGACCACCACCGUCUUCCAGGACUAUGUCUCCCAGCAGUGCGAGGACCGGACAUUCGACUGCUACGCCAACUUGGCCCUGCUGAAGCUCUUCCAGUUCAACCCCCACCUUAUCCAACCCGAUACCGUGACCAACAUCCUGGCCAAGGCCCUGACUGUGUUCCCCUCGCCCGCCUUCUCGCUCUGCCUCGCCCUGCUCCCAACAAACACCCAGCCCUUCCCCACCACCACCGAGGCCCAAACCGCCUCGCAGACCUCCGAUUUCGUCGAGUCCGUGCAGAAGCUCACCCGCCUGUCCACUCUUCUCGAGUCCGCCCAGUACGCCCAGUUCUGGUCCACCCUGAACUCGGAUGAUCUGUACGCAGACCUGACCGCCGACGUGGCUGGCUUCGAGGAGCUCGUCCGCAUCCGCAUCGCCGUCGAGGUCGGCAACACCUUCCGCUCCAUCACCGCCGAGAACCUCGAGUCCUGGCUCGAUGUCCGCAGCCGUGACGCACUCGACAAGUUCGUCGUCGAUGUCUGUGGCUGGAAGGUUGAUGGCGCCGUCAUCCGCGUGCCUACCAACAAGGAGAACGAGGCCCGCUCCGAGGUCAAGAGCGAGCACGUCGGCAUCGAGCAGUUCGGUCGUGUCAUCCGUCGUGGCUUUGAAUUGCCCGCAUAA